GGAAGUCCCUGUGGGAGCUGGUGCUGGAGCAAUUUGAGGACCUCCUGGUGCGCAUCCUGCUGCUGGCUGCCCUGGUCUCCUUUGUGCUGGCCUGGUUCGAGGAGGGUGAGGAGACCACAACAGCCUUUGUGGAGCCCCUGGUCAUCAUGCUGAUCCUCGUGGCCAAUGCCAUCGUGGGCGUAUGGCAGGAACGCAAUGCCGAGAGUGCCAUUGAGGCCUUGAAGGAGUACGAGCCUGAGAUGGGCAAGGUGAUCCGCUCAGACCGCAAGGGCGUGCAGAGGAUCCGCGCCCGGGAUAUCAUCCCUGGAGACAUUGUGGAAGUGGCAGUGGGAGACAAAGUGCCCGCUGACCUCCGCCUCAUCGAAAUCAAGUCUACCACGUUGAGAGUGGACCAGUCCAUCCUGACAGGUGAAUCCGUGUCCGUGACCAAGCACACGGAUGCCAUCCCAGACCCCAGAGCCGUGAACCAGGACAAGAAGAACAUGCUGUUUUCUGGCACCAAUAUCGCAUCGGGCAAGGCAGUGGGCGUGGUAGUGGCUACUGGCCUGCACACAGAGCUGGGCAAGAUCCGGAGCCAGAUGGCUGCAGUGGAACCUGAGCGGACGCCGCUGCAGCGCAAGCUGGACGAGUUUGGGCGGCAGCUGUCCCAUGCCAUCUCUGUGGUUUGUGUGGCCGUCUGGGUCAUCAACAUUGGCCACUUUGCUGACCCGGCCCAUGGCGGCUCCUGGCUCCGCGGUGCGGUCUACUACUUCAAGAUUGCUGUGGCCCUGGCUGUGGCUGCCAUCCCCGAGGGCCUCCCAGCUGUCAUCACUACAUGCCUGGCACUGGGCACACGGCGCAUGGCACGCAAGAACGCCAUUGUGCGGAGCCUGCCCUCUGUGGAGACCCUGGGCUGCACCUCGGUCAUCUGUUCGGAUAAGACGGGCACACUCACCACCAAUCAGAUGUCUGUCUGCCGGAUGUUCGUGGUAGCCGAGGCCGAAGCGAACUCCUGCCGUCUGCACGAGUUCACCAUCUCGGGUACCACGUAUACCCCCGAAGGCGAAGUCCGGCAGGGGGAGCAUCUGGUACGCUGCGGGCAGUUCGACGGGCUGGUGGAGCUGGCGACCAUCUGCGCCCUGUGCAAUGACUCGGCGCUCGACUACAACGAGGCCAAGGGCGUGUAUGAGAAGGUGGGAGAGGCCACAGAGACGGCUCUGACUUGCCUGGUGGAGAAAAUGAAUGUGUUUGACACUGACCUGCAGGCCCUGUCCCGGGUGGAGCGAGCUGGCGCCUGCAAUGCGGUCGUCAAGCAGCUGAUGAGGAAGGAGUUCACCCUUGAGUUUUCCCGAGACCGGAAGUCCAUGUCAGUGUACUGCACACCCACGCGUCCUGACCCCAGGGCCCGGGGCAGCAAGAUGUUUGUGAAGGGGGCUCCUGAGAGUGUGAUUGAGCGCUGCAGCUCAGUCCGCGUGGGGAGCCGCACCGUACCCCUGAGCACCACCUCCAAGGAGCAGAUCCUGGCCAAGAUCCGGGAUUGGGGCUCAGGCUUAGAAACGCUGCGCUGCCUGGCCCUAGCCACCCGGGAUACACCUCCGAGGAAGGAGGACAUGCGAUUGGACGACUGCAGCAAGUUUGUGCAGUACGAGAUGGACCUGACCUUCGUGGGCUGCGUGGGCAUGCUGGACCCUCCGCGGCCCGAGGUGGCUGCCUGCAUUGCACGCUGCCACCGGGCGGGCAUCCGUGUGGUCAUGAUCACAGGGGACAACAAAGGCACAGCAGUGGCCAUCUGCCGCCGGCUUGGCAUCUUUGGGGACAUGGAGGAUGUGGUGGGCAAGGCCUACACAGGCCGCGAAUUCGACGACCUCAGCCCGGAGCUGCAGCGCCAAGCCUGCCGCACUGCCCGCUGCUUUGCCCGUGUGGAGCCCGCACACAAGUCCUGCAUCGUGGAGAAUCUGCAGUCCUUUAAUGAGGUCACCGCCAUGACUGGUGAUGGGGUGAACGAUGCACCAGCCCUGAAGAAAGCAGAGAUCGGCAUCGCCAUGGGCUCAGGCACAGCCGUGGCCAAGUCGGCGGCAGAGAUGGUGCUGUCAGACGACAACUUUGCCUCCAUCGUGGCUGCAGUGGAGGAGGGCCGGGCCAUCUACAGCAACAUGAAGCAAUUCAUCCGCUACCUCAUCUCCUCCAACGUCGGCGAGGUUGUCUGCAUCUUCCUCACGGCAAUUCUGGGCCUGCCCGAAGCCCUGAUCCCCGUGCAGCUGCUCUGGGUGAACCUGGUGACGGAUGGCCUACCUGCCACAGCCCUGGGCUUCAACCCACCAGACCUGGACAUCAUGGAGAAGCUGCCCCGGAACCCUCGUGAGGCUCUCAUCAGUGGCUGGCUCUUCUUCCGAUAUCUGGCUAUUGGAGUGUACGUAGGGCUGGCCACAGUGGCUGCCGCCACCUGGUGGUUCCUGUAUGAUGCUGAGGGACCUCAAGUCACCUUCUACCAGCUGAGGAACUUCCUCAAGUGCUCUGAAGACAACCCGCUCUUUUCUGGCAUCGACUGCAAGGUCUUCGAGUCGCACUUCCCCACGACCAUGGCCUUGUCUGUGCUGGUGACCAUUGAAAUGUGCAACGCCCUCAACAGUGUCUCGGAGAACCAGUCGCUGCUGCGGAUGCCACCCUGGCUGAACCCCUGGCUGCUGGCGGCUGUGACCAUGUCCAUGGCCCUGCACUUCCUCAUCCUGCUGGUGCCGCCCCUGCCCCUCAUUUUCCAGGUGACCCCACUGAGUGGACGCCAGUGGGUGGUGGUGCUCCAGAUAUCUCUCCCUGUCAUCCUGCUUGAUGAGGCCCUCAAGUACCUGUCCCGGAACCACAUGGACGGCAUUCUCAGGACAGUCUCCCAGGUCUGGAGUAGGCAGCCGCUGACCACCUCCCAUCCAGACCACACCGGAAGCAAAGGAACAGAAGUGAGUGCUGGGGACAGAGAGGAGUCUCCGGUGUAUACCUCAGACUGAUGGUGCCCAAGCACUCCCCCCACUCUCCCACCCCCUGCUACCACGCUCGCCCACUUGCCCACCGGGCCAUGCCAGACACACCACAGGCCUAAAGCUGGAACAGCCACCCCCAGCCACAGUGCCACGCUCGCUGUCCCCACUUCCAUCUGACCUGGGGGCUCUCUAAUUCAUGUCUCUUGGACUCUCCAAAGCUCUGGCCUGGGAGCUGCAGCCUGGAACGGGGCUGUCAAGAAGCCAGAGCUGGCAGUGGAUCCAGAGAUCCAAACCCCUCCACCCCCAAAUCCAUGAGCAUAUUUCUGGAGCUCUUCUCCUCGCUUGGAGACUGGGCAUUUGCUUGGUGACCAGUGCCUCUGCACAGAUGGAGGACUUCUGGGGGCCCUUCUUACAGGCUCUGACCUCUCACUUAGUGCCUGGUCUGGGGCCUGGUCAGCCCAGGGAGGGGGGUCAUAAGGGGCCAUCUGGACCCAGCUGUGCACAGCAAGGGCAGGCGGCCCCCUCCACUCUGCUCUGCUUCCACAAAGUUGGCUCAUGAGAGCUUGAGCCUGUUUCUGUUUAUAUGUGCAGGCCCCAGGGAGUUAAAGGGUCAGGGAGAGGAACACAGGAGUGGGGAGGAGGGGCUGGGCAAGGACCCCUGUCCUGGGAGACAGCCGCUUGCCUUCCUCAGUUGGGCUCUCUUCCUGGCCUCAGGUUUCCCUGUCCUAAGCAAACGAGACAUACCGAGUCUCCAUGUUGCGUGGUCUGCACGCGGGGGUCUGUUCGCCAUCCACGUCCCUGGUGCCUGAGACCCCAGACAUCCUUGGGUUCCUGGCCACUGUGCCCUUCCACCCAGCCUGGCGUUCAGCCAUCUGCUCUCUGCACGUCUUGGUGAUCCUGAGUCUCCUGGACUUUUGGCCUCACUCUUUGCCAACCCCCCCACACACACGCCCCUAAGUCCAAAGGAUGUCACUAAGGAUGGCUGAUUACCCAAGGACACGUCCCCUCCCUCCCUCCUUGCUGGAAGGACGCGUCUCCAUGUGGAUCAUGUCAGAUGAUAGGAAGAUAGCAUUUGAUGGACAAAAGUUUUCUCUUAAUGCAGCUCUUUGCUCCUUUGGCAAAAACUAGGCGGGCACGUAGCAGAAAGGAGUGAGUAAAUGACAGUCUGCGUGUCUUCGCCCUCCUAGAGAGUGUACUACGUGAUUAUUUUAUAUGUAAAUCAAGACACAUUCCUGUCCUGGUCCCCACAAUCAAAAGCCCCUCGACCAGCCUUGCAGACAAAUGGGCUCCAGGUUCUGUAGCCCCUUCCCCCACUCAAAGGUUCCCUCUCCUCUCUCAAAGGUUCUGGAGGCACCAGAGAAACAGAGUUGGGGUUGGGGGUGUGGUGCCCAGCAGAAAUUCUCUGCUUCUUUCCUGAGGGAAGGGGCACCUUAGCAGAGCCACGGUCCUGUAUCCACUUGCUGAGUUGAUGUUUGGUAGAGAAAUAAAGAUUUUGUGCCUGGGGCAAUGGAGGA